AUCCUGCUGUCGUUACUAAAGUUGGUAUAACUAGAGAAGCAUUCAUUCAUCUCGUCAAACUCUGUGUUACGGUGUGUUUGACCCUAAAUUAAUUCACACCGUAAUAUCCCUUUAAGAGCCUUUUUAUCCAUUGUUACCAUGGAAACGAUUACCUCUUUAUAAAAAGCUUGUUCAUCCCUGAGCCUGUUUACUCACAAUCAAAACCAGAUCUUUGUCCUGUUAUUUGGGAAAACGUUAACACUAAAACUCAUAUCUGUGUCCUCAAAGUGAGGUCACCGGGUUAGGCAGAGGACGAAACGAACAAAAAGCCGCUUCAUGAAGGCUAACCUUUGAAUCGGCCGUGGAUUUUUAGAAGCCUGGGUUUGAGAAAUCUGAGUCUGGUCUGGAUGAAAUGAGUUGCAAAGGACUGACAAAGAAGUGAAAAUCCUGCUUUCACACCUUCAAACAAUCGUCGAAGAGCUGUUGUUGUUUUUCUAAACAUUGACAGAUGCAGCCGUUCUGUGCAGACUGAUAAACGGGACUCUUGGAUGAUUUCAGCGAGUGUUUCGUACCCAGCACAGAAGGUGACCAGUGCUUCAGUCUGCCAAAUACUUGGUGUUUUUCAAAGCCGCUCCUGUAAACCUGAAACGCACCACCUGCUGCUCCCCCGUCGUCCGGUGUCUUCGCUUAGUUUCCUCCGCAGACAGCCGUCUGCUGAGCCAGACUGCUCCGCUUGUACGGAGGAGGACGAUUCAGAGACAGAACCAGAAAGGACAGAUAACCAGGUCUGCAGCCAUCUGCCAGCAGGAACCAGAGGAGCUGUGCUGGACUGGAAAAUUCCUGGUCUCCAUCCUUGCUUCCUCUACCCUCGUUUCCUUCCCCCCUUUCCUCUGAGACUGAGAGACUGUCGCACAGAGACUUCGAUGUCGAGGUGCGGGAGGCGGAGCCAGUCCUCCCGCCUCCCUCCUCUUCUGCUCACUACGUAUGACCUCCAACAUAUCAUACCCCCCACCGCCACAGACCCCGCCCCCUUUUGAUCGGUCCGGGAGAGACAGACUGACACACGUAUGCAUUGCUUCCAGUGUCACAGCAGUUGGACUCAGUUUCUUUGGGAUUAUUGAGUUUAGUGAGUUUCAGGAGAGCCGAGAGAAAAAUGUGUCUUUGUAGGAUUUAAUCUUUCUGUUGUCUUUAUUUUGUUUUUGUUUCUUUUUUCUUUCACAAAAAACAAGAAACAUUGAAAAAAAGAGAGCAAAUUAAAUAUGGUGGAGAAGUUCCAAAACCAUCCUGGAUCAGGUGUUGUAGUAUUUUACUUUGUUAAAGUAGACGCAGCAGCAGCAGCAGCAGCAGCAGCAGAUGGCUGUUAGCAUCAUGUCCUCCUCCUUUUGUCAUGAAUCAUUGUGUAGUCCGUAGAGGAAAGUGUAAGAGGAAGACUGUCUGUCAUGUUGUGUCAUUUCUGUGUGUUGACCAGCAGUAAUAACACCUUUCUCACUGUCUCACAUCGGCGGGGAACGUCUCUCUGUCCCCGACUCUCUGGUGACAUUUUCUUUCUCCGUCCAACAUCCAGCUGAACUUGAAACGUUUGGAAAGUUGUUGUCAAAGUUCGAUGACCUUUCCGCCGUCCAUAUGAACACAUGAACUAGAGCUGUUCCAAUAUGAUAUUGAUAUCACCAAUAUCAAUAUCAGACCGAUAUUCAAUAUUGAUAUUGAAUAUUGGUCCGAUAUUAGCAAAAAAACAAGUUAGCUGAACUAGAAGCGUUUGGAAAAUUGUCAUCAAAGUUCGAUGACCUUUCUGCUGUCCAUCUGUAACACAUGACCUAGAGGUGUCCUGAUAUGAUGCCUGAUAUCGGUCUGAUAUCAACACAUUAGUCUGUUGAUAUUAGUCCAAUAUCAAUAUCGGACCAAUAUCCUUUAUUGAGAUUGAAAAUUGGUCCGAUAUCAGCAAAAAAAAAAAAAAAAUAUCUGAUUAUAUCAGCCUGCAUCUAAAAUCUCUAAUAUCGGCUCUUUGAAAGUUGUGGUUAAAGUUUGAUAACCUUUCUGCUGUCCAUCUGUAACACAUAAACUAGAGGCUCUUCUGAUAUGAUAUCAGACCGAUAUCUGGUUAUAUCGGCCUGCAUCUAAAACCUCUUAUAUCGGCACUCUUAAAGUUGUCAAAUUUCAAUGAACUUUCUGCUGUCUAUCUAUAACACAUGACAUAGA